AUGGGCCCUUAUCUGACAACACUACUUGUUUCUUUUCUAUAUCAAACCGGGUUCGCCCAAUCUACUAUCGAUCUCGACGACUCACAGGCCGUAAAGCCUGCCAGUGGAGAUGACUUAGGUCUCCCAUCACGCAUCGGCGACAUAAAGCCCACACGCCUGCUCCAAGGCGGUUGUACUUUGGAUGUUACUGUAAAGGAUCCCGAACUCGCUGUGUGUCACCAGGAAUCAACUUCCUUCACCAAUCUGAGGCUCCAAGAGCUGCAAAGGUUCCAGAACGAUGGGUUUGACGCCACGUCGGAAAAGCCCGAGCUGAAAGAAACACGUAUCGAAGGUGGACAAUUAUUCACGACAUACGACCUCUGCGGUUCCUCCUGGGCCUACGGCUUCUGCCCCGAAAGUAUAUGCGAAUACGAUGUGUUGAGCGUUGACUUGAACCGUCAUUGCAAGUUCGCAUGCAGGUACGGCUACUGUCCAGCUGAGGUAUGCCAAACUGCCAUUCCAAACGCCAACGAAGAUGGGAAGAAGAAAAGAGAAGAAGAGGGAAGCAAUGAUCUUAUGCCAGGUGUAGUCAUAGUUCCUCUAGGCUUUAACAAAGACUCAGUUAAGAACCGAGAUAAGAACAAUAAGCAAUACCUCAUCUAUAAAGACAGCUACUAA